GUGGCGCGCCCAUCUUGUAGGCGUGUUAGCGGAAUUUGCAAAUCUAGCUUGAGCUUUUUUCCCUGCGAACUUUUAUCCAGUGAGCCAAAGGUUUCCGGAGUUGCUCCUCCUCCCGCGCCAGGUUUUCCUAGGGUUUUGGCAAAAAUCCCCACUCCAUUCUCGCCGAAACCCUCGUCCUCCUCCUCUGCUGAGCUCCAGGGGCCGCCUCUCCCCUCGACCAUUCCAAUCCCACCCCCAAAACCCUAGACGCCGAGGGCCCUCGCCCUCGCCCCAUCGCGAAGAUGAGCUAUGCGGCGUACAAGAUGAUGCACCCGCCCACCGGCGUCGAUCACUGCGCCGCCGGCUUCAUCACUCACUCCCCCUCCGACGCUGCCGCCUUCUCCUCGUCCGAGGCCGCGGCCGCCGCCACCGGAGCGGCCACCUCCGGGCCCGACGGUGACAUCGACUCGGCUGCUGCAGCGGCGGUGAGGGCGCCGAGGCGCGUGGGCCCCACCCCCAACCUUGUCGUGGCGGCGGCCAACGUGCUCGAGGUGUACGCCUUGAGGGCUGAUGCCGCGGCGACCGAGGAUGGGGCCGGCGGCGUGCAGCCGUCUUCAUCGUCCGGCGCCAUCCUGGAUGGGAUCUGUGGGGCUCGACUGGAGCUCGUGUGCCAUUACAGGCUCCACGGGAACAUUGAGUCCAUGGCUGUGUUGUCGGAUGGCACAGAGAAUAGCCGAGACUCCAUUGUGCUUGCAUUUAAAGAUUCAAAAAUAACUUGUUUGGAGUUCGAUGACAGCAUCUAUGGCCUGCGAACAAGCUCAAUGCACUGCUUUGAAGGCCCUGAAUGGCAGCAUCUGAAAAGAGGCAGGGAAUCAUUUGCCUGGGGUCCUGUCAUAAAAGCGGAUCCUCAAGGCAGAUGUGCUGCUGCACUGGUAUAUGGACUGCAGAUGAUAAUUCUGAAAGCUGCUCAGGUUGGGCAGAACCUGGUUGGAGAAGAUGAACCGACAUGUGUGUUGAGUUCGACUGCUGUUCGGAUUGAUUCUUCAUAUUUGAUCGACUUGCGUGUUUUAGGCAUGAAUCACAUCAAAUGUUUUACAUUUGUGCAUGGUUAUAUUGAGCCUGUGUUGGUCAUACUUCAUGAGCGAGAACCUACGUGGGCUGGGCGUAUCUCAUCAAAGCAGCACACAUGCAUGAUAUCUGCAUUUAGUAUUAGCAUGGGUUUGAAACAACACCCGAUGAUAUGGUCUGCUGCUGAUCUGCCACAUGAUGCAUACCAAGUUCUUGCAGUGCCUCCACCUAUUAGCGGUGUUCUUGUGAUCUGUGCAAAUUCGAUCCACUAUCAUAGUCAGUCCACAUCUUGUUCACUUGCCUUGAACAGUUUCUCAUCACAGCCUGAUGGCAGCCCAGAAAUUCUUAAAACAAGUUUCCAUGUGGAGCUUGAUGUAGCUAAAGCAACAUGGUUAUCCCAUGACAUUGUAAUGUUUUCAUCAAAGAAUGGAGAAAUACUAUUACUAACAGUGGUUUACGAUGGGCGAGCUGUGCAAAGAUUAGAUCUUAUGAAAUCAAAAGCAUCUGUCCUCAGUUCGGGUGUUACAACUCUUGGAAGUUCAUUCUUCUUUCUUGGUAGUCGUCUGGCAGACAGCCUUCUUGUGCAAUUUUCCUGUGGCGUGCCAACAUCUGUUUUGCCAGAUCUAACAGAUGAGUCUGCUGAUACUGAAGGUGACCUCCCUUUCUCAAAGCGCCUAAAGAGGAUCCCAUCUGAUGUUUUACAAGAUGUUACCAGUGUCGAGGAACUUUCUUUUCAUAAUAAUGUGGUGCCAAACAGUCUAGAUUCAGCACAGAAGAUCUCAUUCAUUGUGAGAGAUGCUCUGAUCAAUGUUGGUCCUCUGAAAGAUUUUGCCUAUGGUUUAAGGACUAAUUCGGAUCCCAACGCAGCAGGAAUUUCAAAGCAAAGCAAUUAUGAGUUGGUGUGUUGUUCUGGUCAUGGAAAGAAUGGAACACUUUCCGCUCUUCAACAAUCUAUCCGUCCAGAUUUAAUUACUGAGGUGGAAUUACCAAGCUGCACAGGUAUAUGGGCAGUUUACUAUAAGAGUUCUCGUGGAAAUACAGCAGAGGACAAUGAAUAUCAUGCUUAUUUGAUAAUAAGCCUAGAAAGCCGGACAAUGGUACUUCAGACAGGUGAUGAUCUUGGAGAAGUUACCGAAACAGUUGACUAUAAUGUUCAAGCAAGCACAAUUGCUGCUGGUAACUUGUUUGGGAGGCAACGUGUCAUACAGGUAUACGCCAAGGGCGCUCGUGUGCUUGAUGGUUCCUUCAUGACACAAGAGCUAAACUUUACCAUGCAUACUUCAGAAUCAUCAUUGAGUUCUGAGCCUCUUGCAGCGGCAUCUGCUUCAAUUGCAGAUCCAUAUGUUCUUUUAAAGAUGGUUGAUGGAACUAUUCGAAUUCUCGUUGGAGAUCAUUCUACAUGUACUAUUUCUGCCAAUGUUCCUGCCAUAUUUGCAAGCUCAAGUGAGCAAAUAUCUUCAUGUACGCUUUACCAUGACAGAGGUCCUGAGCCAUGGCUAAGAAAGACACGUACUGAUGCAUGGAUAUCUACUGGUAUUCAAGAGGCUAUUGAUAGCAAUGAUAGUUCAUCUCAUGACCAGUCUGAUAUAUAUUGCAUAAUCUGUUAUGAAAAUGGUAAACUGGAAAUUUUUGAAGUGCCCAGUUUUAAAUGUGUUUUCUCUGUGGAAAAUUUUGUUUCUGGACCAGCUCUUUUGGUUGAUGCGGUUGCUCAUAUAUCUUCUAAGGAUACUGCAGUAGGAAGUCGAGAUGCUACUAAAUUUUCUGUGAAGAAAGAAGAAGCAAAUAACAUUAAGAUAGUUGAGCUUGCAAUGCAUAGAUGGUCUGGUCAGUUUAGUCAGCCAUUCCUCUUUGGAUUAUUGAAUGAUGGGACAUUGUUGUGUUACCAUGCUUAUUGUUAUGAAGGCUUGGAGAGCAACACACGAUGUGUUCCUUUGUCACCUCAUGGUUCAGCUGAUCUUGGCAAUGCCAGUGAUUCAAGACUCAGAAAUUUGAGAUUUCGUCGAGUUUCAAUUGAUGUCUCGCCACGAGAUGACAUAUCAAGUCCUGCACGACCAAGAAUGUCAAUUUUCAACAACGUCGGAGGUUACGAGGGACUAUUUCUUAGUGGCCCGAGGCCAACCUGGGUUAUGGUUUGUCGACAGCGAUUUCGGGUGCAUCCACAGUUAUGUGAUGGUCCCAUUGUAGCCUUUACCGUUCUCCACAAUGUCAAUUGUUGCCAUGGGCUCAUAUAUGUUACAUCUCAGGGUUUUCUGAAGAUAUGUCAAUUGCCAUCAGCGUAUAACUAUGAUAACUACUGGCCUGUUCAAAAGGUUCCCUUGUAUGGCACCCCACAUCAGGUCACAUAUUAUGCAGAACAGUCCAUGUAUCCACUUAUUGUGUCUUUUCCUGUUGUUCACCCACUAAAUCAAGUCCUUUCUUCUAUGGCUGAACAAGAAUUGGGUCCGCACAUUGAGAAUGAUGUUACAAGUGGUGAUGACCUCCAAAAGGUUUAUACUGUUGAUGAAUUCGAGGUUCGCAUUAUGGAGUUGGAGAAACCCAGUGGUCGUUGGGAGACAAGGUUCACCAUUCCAAUGCAAUCAUUUGAAAACGCUCUAACAGUGCGCAUCGUUACCUUACAAAACACAACAACAAAGGAAAAUGAAACCCUUAUGGCCAUUGGAACUGCUUAUGUUCAAGGGGAGGAUGUUGCUGCUAGAGGACGGGUGCUUCUGUUCACUUUCAGCAAAAGUGAAAAUUCUCAAAAUCUGUUUCAGGUCACGGAAGUCUACUCAAAAGAGAGUAAAGGUGCUGUAUCUGCUGUUGCCUCUCUUCAAGGUCAUCUGUUGAUAGCUUCUGGUCCUAAGAUCACAUUGAACAACUGGACUGGCUCUGAAUUGACCGCCGUUGCAUUCUAUGAUGCCCCAUUACAUGUUGUAAGCCUGAACAUUGUGAAAAACUUUGUUUUGUUUGGUGAUAUUCACAAAAGUAUAUAUUUUCUUAGCUGGAAGGAGCAAGGUUCUCAAUUAAGUCUGCUGGCAAAAGAUUUUGGAUCACUUGAUUGUCUUGCAACUGAGUUCUUAAUUGAUGGGAGCACCUUGAGCCUUGUAGUUUCAGAUUCUGAUAAGAACGUGCAGAUUUUCUACUAUGCUCCCAAAAUGGUUGAGAGCUGGAAGGGGCAAAAGCUUCUUUCCAGAGCAGAACUUCAUGUUGGAGCCCAUGUGUCAAAGUUUUUGAGACUGCAGAUGCUGCCCACACAGGGAUUGGCAUCUGAAAAGACAAACCGUUUUGCUCUUGUAUUUGGGACCUUGGAUGGUGGUGUCGGCUGCAUCACACCUGUUGAUGAAUUGACAUUUCGUCGGCUCCAGAGCUUACAGAGAAAGCUCGUAGAUGCUGUCCCCCAUGUAUGUGGCCUGAACCCGAGAUCAUUUAGGCAGUUUUACUCCAAUGGGAAGGCACAUCGUCCUGGACCAGACAAUAUCAUUGACUUCGAGCUUCUUUCUCACUAUGAGAUGUUGUCUUUAGAAGAGCAGCUUGAGAUUGCACAACAGAUUGGAACCACCCGCUCGCAGAUUCUUUCCAAUUUUAGCGACUUUUCACUGGGCACAAGUUUCUUGUGAGCUGUAACUUUUGGGCUGAUGGAGAAGCUGGUCGUACUCAGGCAGUUCUGAAGCUGCAUCAGAAGUUCUUCCCAAUUCCAUUGACCUGGCCACUUGACAUCAGCUUUAUUGUAAAGAUGGCUGCUGAAGUUUAGGUUUUGCCGGUGUAACUAAAGGAGCUAUCAUUGACUGGACAGUUGAUGCGUCUCAGCAGAUUGUAACCACCUUUUUUGCUGGCCUGUUAUUAGUAUUGGAAAACACACUGAAAAUCAGUUAUCUGAAGAGUCAGUAUUAAUCGGGAACAUUACUAGAACUUAUGUAGCACAAACUCAUUUCCUCCUAAUCUUACAUACGACUAGCAAUAGCAAGCACCACAAUUCCUUAUACGCGGAGAAACAAGCAAGCGGAGGAUAUCACGGCACCCUUGAGGUUGUAGCUCAGGAAGUCUAACUGCAAGCGAACAGCGAGAACAGAGAGUUGAAGCGGGAAGAGCGGACGACCUCCUCGGCGUCGGUUUCUUUCACUAGUACUGGUUUGCUGGAGGACGAGAAACUUGAGCAUUGAACAGACACAGGAGGAACAGAGGAGCUGGAGCUAACGCUCUGUUUUUAUUCAUCAAAACGUUCACUUACAUAGCAACCUUGCAUGCCUAUUUAUAGACCUUUACACAACCGAUUUUCAGAAUUUUCUCACAUGCAUGGAGCUCGAGAGCUCCAGAACUCUCGCAUACCUUUUUGACUUUUGCUGCUACUAGUACAUGAACAUGGACCGGCAUGGACAAGCACAAAAAUCUGACUGCUACCUA